UUUCAUACGACGCCGUUUUUUAUCCAUCACACAGUCGCGAAGCAGAAGCGCGAAAGCGAAGCAAAAGAAAAGCACAAAAUUUCCCGCCGGGAACCUAAUUCGAGUGCCACGUUUGCAAUCCUUGGGAAGCCGAAUCCACCAAUCAGAUCAACCCUAUACUUCCUAUAUAUACCCAAACUCUUCCAUUCUUCAAAAUAGUGGUGCGUCUCUCAUCUUCUCUGCUACGCUUUCACUGUGUGCGAAACAAAAAUUAGGGUUUGCGUUUGGUUAUAAUUUUGAGAUUAGUGAAAAUGAGUUCUACUGGGGGAUCAACGAAGGGAGGGAGAGGAAAGCCUAAGGCGUCAAAGUCUGUGUCGCGCUCGCAGAAGGCUGGGUUGCAGUUCCCUGUAGGGAGGAUCGCUAGGUUUCUAAAGGCCGGAAAGUAUGCUGAGCGUGUUGGUGCUGGGGCUCCCGUCUACCUCUCUGCUGUCCUCGAGUACCUUGCUGCUGAGGUAUUGGAGCUUGCUGGGAAUGCAGCGAGAGAUAACAAAAAGAACCGCAUUGUGCCGAGGCACAUUCAGCUUGCAGUAAGGAACGAUGAGGAGCUGAGCAAGCUUCUAGGCUCUGUAACCAUUGCCAAUGGUGGUGUACUGCCUAACAUUCAUCAGACUCUUCUUCCCAAGAAGAUUGGCAAGGGCAAAGGUGAUAUUGGAUCUGCUUCUCAGGAGUUCUAGGCCUUUUCCUUGGUCUCGGAUUGUUUUGCUUAUGGAUUCUACAGUUGUAAAAUAUUCUUUUUUGGUUUUUCUACUUGGAAUACAGUGGUAUCUUUUUGAGUAAAGAGGAUUUUGAUUAUUCUA